GCUUCCCCGGGCAGCGAUGUCGGGGGGAGCAGCGGACGGCGGACCCCCGGCACCCCGUUUCCUGGCUCCCCCGCCGCCGCCCCCUAAGAACGGUUCCAGCUCGGACAGCUCCGUCGGGGAGAAGCUGGGAGCCGCCGAGCACGCGGCCUCUGGGACCGGCGGAGCGAGCGGCGGAGCGGGGAGCGGAGGCCGUAGCGAGGAGUACCGCCGCCGCCGCCACACCAUGGACAAGGACAGCCGAGGGGCGGCAGCCACCGAGCACCGCUUCUUCCGCCGGAGCGUGAUCUGCGACUCCAACGCCACGGCCUUGGAGCUGCCCAGCCUGCAGCCCGCCGCACCCUCGGCUCCCGUGUCGGGAGGCAGCGCCGCUCCCUUGGUCUCUCCUCCCGAGUGCGUCCGCACCACUUGCAUCGCCGUUGGAGCCUCGCAGGCCCCCUCGCUGCUGCAGCAGCCUCCGCCGCCAGUCCCGCUCCCACUGGAAGGGCGCUCUGGCCAGGAGCCCCCUGCCACCAAGGAUGCCACCCCGCUACUGCCCAAAGAGGAGGAGGAUGAGGCCGCCGCUCUGCCCCCCACAAGCGCCGCUGGCAGCACGUCGGCUGCCAGCCGGGAGUUCGAGGAGCGGAGGGCACAGCAGGAGGACAUAGAGGAGCUGGAGACCAAGGCGGUGGGCAUCUCCCCUGACGGCCGCUUCCUGAAGUUUGACAUCGAGAUUGGAAGAGGCUCUUUCAAAACUGUAUAUAAAGGACUGGAUACUGAUACCACUGUGGAAGUCGCCUGGUGUGAGCUGCAGGAUCGGAAACUAUCCAAGUCAGAGCGACAAAGAUUCAAAGAGGAAGCUGGGAUGCUGAAAGGGCUUCAGCAUCCCAAUAUUGUCAGGUUCUACGAUUCCUGGGAGUCCACAGUCAAAGGAAAAAAAUGUAUUGUCCUUGUGACAGAACUCAUGACAUCUGGAACAUUAAAAACGUACCUGAAAAGAUUUAAAGUGAUGAAAAUCAAAGUACUACGAAGCUGGUGUCGUCAGAUACUGAAAGGCUUACAAUUUCUACACACACGCACUCCUCCCAUUAUUCAUAGAGACUUGAAAUGUGAUAACAUCUUCAUUACUGGCCCCACUGGUUCAGUCAAGAUUGGAGACCUUGGACUGGCAACCCUGAAGCGAGCUUCUUUUGCCAAAAGUGUGAUAGGUACCCCAGAGUUCAUGGCCCCCGAGAUGUAUGAGGAGAAAUAUGAUGAAUCCGUUGAUGUAUAUGCUUUUGGGAUGUGUAUGCUAGAGAUGGCAACGUCUGAGUAUCCUUAUUCUGAGUGCCAAAAUGCCGCGCAGAUCUACCGUCGAGUGACCAGUGGUGUCAAGCCCGCCAGCUUUGAUAAAGUAGCGAUCCCUGAAGUGAAGGAGAUUAUUGAGGGAUGCAUUCGGCAAAACAAAGGCGAAAGAUAUGCUAUUAAGGACCUUUUGAAUCAUGCUUUCUUCCAAGAAGAGACUGGAGUACGGGUAGAGCUAGCAGAGGAAGAUGAUGGAGAAAAAAUUGCCAUUAAACUCUGGCUGCGAAUUGAAGACAUCAAAAAACUUAAGGGCAAAUAUAAAGAUAAUGAGGCAAUAGAGUUUUCCUUUGACUUGGAGAGAGAUGUCCCAGAGGAUGUGGCACAGGAAAUGGUGGAAUCUGGCUAUGUCUGUGAAGGGGAUCACAAGACAAUGGCGAAAGCUAUCAAGGACAGGGUAUCUUUGAUUAAGCGAAAGCGAGAGCAGCGUCAGUUGGUGCGAGAAGAACAGGAGAAGAAGCUUCAGGAAGAAGGUAGUCAGAAGCAGCAGCUGGAGCAACAGCAACCCUCAAGUGCUUCCCAUGCAGGGUCAAAGCAUCCCGUAUCUGUCAGUGGUACUACUCCUGUCCCCACUACUUCAGCAUCUGUUUCUACUCAAGUGGAGCCUGAAGAACCAGAAGCUGAUCAACACCAACAACUGCAGUUCCAGCAACCCAGUAUAUCUAUUCUUUCUGAUGGAGCAGUUGACAGUGGCCAAGGGUCAUCUGUUUAUACUGAAUCGUGUGUGAGCAGUCAGCAGACUGUGUCGUAUGGUUCCCAGCAUGACCAGCCAAUCUCAACAGCUGCAGUCCAGGGGUAUGCGGCUUCAGUUGGCCAAGUGCAGUCACAACAGCAUGGAGGAUAUCAGCCACCUACAGUGACACAAGUACAAGGCCAGUCAGCCUCAAGUAGUACAUCGGUACCGUCUCAGCCUGCCCAACACACUCAGCAGAAUGCCCAGCAGCCAGCUUCUUCUCAACAACCCGGACAAUACCAGCUGCAGCAGCCAUCAGUUUCUAGUGGUGCCACUCCCACACAAACUGUCUCUCAAACUCAGACUUCACAGGUUAUGCCAAUGCCUCAGGCAGCAGCAGGGACACAGCUUCCUGUUUCCCAACCAGUGUCGAUCAUCCAAGGCGAACCUCAAUUACCUGUUGCAGCACCUUCUCUCCCUCAACCUUCAGUUGCCCCAUCAGUCCCUAUUGGUUCUCACUUUCUGCCCGUGGGACAACCCUUGCCAACUUCCAUUGUCCCCCAGUUCUCAGUCUCUCAGUUGCCCGUCGCAGCUCCUCAUGUGUCAGUGGCUCAGCCAGGUUUCCAGUCACUGCCAAUUUCAAUGGCAGGCGGCAUGAAUCAGCCAUUGCUCACGCUGGCAACAUCUGCUGCGACAUCCGCUGUCCCUGUAGGAUCAACUGUUGUCCCUAGCCAGCUUCCCACGCUGAUGCAGCCUGUGGCUCAGUUGCCCAGCCAGGUUCUCCCGCAGCUCCUGCAGCCAGCUGUCCAGUCCAUGGGAUUGCCAGUCAGCAUUGGACAAGCUGCUGAUGCUUCACUUCCUGCUGGAGAUGCUCUUUACCAGGGCUUCCCAUCUCGGCUGCCACCUCAGUACCCAGGGGACUCAAAUGUUGCACCUUCCUCUGCCGUGGCUUCUGUUAGCAUUCCUUCUGCCAUACUGUCCCCUCCCCUACCCACAGAUGUAAUGACUCAGCCAGGCUAUAUUGCUCCUGUUGUGCAGCCGUAUGUGGAGCAGAACGUUUUAGUUCCUAUGGGCAGCGUAGGAGGACAGGUUCAAGUGCCCCAGCCUACAGUGAGUUUAGCACAACAGGCCUCAUCAGCCUCCUCGCAGCAGGCAGUUGUGGAGCAGAAUGUCAUGCCAAUGUGGGGACCUUGUUGCCACUGGCUGUUCUAUUGGGAAGGUACUCAAGGAGCCUCACAGACUGCUCCUUCAGAGUCUCUGCCAUCAACGCAGCCUGCUCAGUCUACCCCUUUGGCUUCCUCUAUGGAUAGUGCACAUUCUGAUGUUGCUUCAGGAAUGAGUGAUGGCAAUGAGAAUGUUCCAGCUUCUAGUGGGAGGCAUGAAGGGAGGACUACCAAGCGUCAUAUGCGGAGGUCUGUCCGCAGUCGCUCUCGCCAUGAGAAGACUGCUAGGCCGAAACUGAGAAUUCUAAAUGUUUCAAAUAAAGGUGACCGGGUAGUGGAAUGCCAGCUAGAGACACACAAUCGGAAAAUGGUUACUUUCAAAUUUGAUUUGGAUGGUGACAACCCUGAGGAAAUAGCAUCAAUUAUGGUGCAGAAUGAGUUUAUUUUAGCAACUGAGAGAGACUCAUUCGUGGAACAGGUACGAGAGAUCAUUGAGAAAGCAGAUGAAAUGCUGAGUGAGGAUGUAAGUGUGGAGCCAGAAGGUGAUCAGGGUUUGGAGAGUAUGCAGACAAAAGACGAUGGCUUCGUUCCAGGGUCACAGAAAUUAGAGUUCAAACAGCCAGAUCCUACAUCUUCCAUGCCACAAAGAAUAGGGGUUCCUCCUAGCUCCUUUACCCAGGUUGUCCAUUCUGCGGGAAGACGGUUUAUUGUCAGCCCUGUCCCUGAAAGUCGGUUAAAAGAACAGGGCUUUUUCACCUCUCCUGUUCCCGGGGGAAAAGAAACUUCAGAUGUUGUUGCUGCAUCUCCACUACAUGGUCCUGGAAUGAAUCUCUCCCACUCUGCAUCAUCGCUGAGCUUACAACAAGCUUUCUCUGAGAUUGGGCAUGGUCAAAUGACAGAAGGACCUAGUACAGCUCCUCCAGUGUUUAAUCAAACAAUACCACCAUUUCCACCUGUGCUUUCUACCAUGGCAGGCAGUGGUGCACCUCCUGCAUCUGUAGCUGCUCCUUCAAUAUCUGUUCCUUCUAGCACAGGUGUUUCUCUUCCAAGUUCUGUUACUUUGCCUUCAGAAAAUGCAGCUGUUGGAGUUGCACUAAGUGCAAGUGUGCCAAGUUCUGUUUCUCCACCUCCGGCCUCACAAUCCGGGCAGCAGCUGUCUGGUGGUGUGGCUUCCAGUGUGAGCGCCCCUGCUUCUUUCUCCUUAACUAUCACAUCCCAGCCUGCUCAGCCAGUAACUGGAGACAUUACCCCUAGCAUCAGCACACCAGCUUCUUUGGCACUAUCUGCUACCCAGGUUCCUGGUGUCACUGGUCUUGGUGUUGUUGCACCAGCUGUGACAUCUCAAUCUACUCCUCAAAUUGUAAGUAGUUUGGCAGCACCGCAGACAUCUGUUGCCCUGUCUCAGGCUCAGAAUGUGUCUUUGCAGCUUCCUCAGCUUACCAGUAGUGGCUCUGUCUCCAGUCUGGCAGAAACAACAGUUGUAAGUGCUCCACAAUCACUACCUGAGAGUGGGCAGUCCGCAGAUAAAUCACAGCCCUCCAGUGCAGCUGGCUUAUCGCUACCAAUCUCUGCACCUUUAUCAUCCUCUGUAGCAACAAGUUUGUGUGGUUCGGUCACUCAGCCAGUGAUACAUCCCUUACUCAUCCCAUCAGCAGUUACAUCAACACCUGUCCUAUCCCAGAUUCCAGGUGCAACACCUGUGUUGCCCCAGGUUCCCUUACCUGGUGUCUUACCACAGCCAGUUACUAAUUUGCCUGCAGUACAGCAAACAUUGAUACACAGCCAGCCCCAACCAGCUCCAUUACCCAAUCAACCUCAUAUUCACUGUCUGGAGGCUGACGCUGAUGCUCAGUCCAAAGCACCUGGCAUUGAUGAUAUAAAGACCCUGGAAGAAAAGCUACGGUCUCUCUUCAGUGAACAUGGUAACGUGGGAGCAGCACAUCCAUCAGUAUCUCUGGAGACGUCACUGAUCAUGGAAACUACUGUUAUUCCUGGGAUCCCAACCACUGUUCUUGCACCAACUAAACCCCUGACAUCCGUUAGCACUUGUAUACCUCCGAGCAGUUUGCCUCUUGGACCAGCUGGCUUGCCAGUGCUGACACCAGUCGCCACGCCUGGGCAAGUGAUCACCCCAGUAAGCUAUAUUUCAGCACCAAGCAGCGUUGCAACAGCAGUAGUGAAACCAGGGACCUCUCCCUCGAAGCCUCCUCUUAGCAGGGUACCGGUGCUACCAGUAGGUUCUGAACUUCCAGCUGGCACUCCGUCCAGUGAGCCGCUGCCACCUUUUCCAGGACCUUCACUAACUCAGUCCCAGCAGCCACUGGAAGAUCUGGAUGCUAAGCUGAGGAGAACCCUUAGUCCAGAGACCGUUCCAGUGACAUCAGCUCCUGCCUGUUCUGUGCCCUCAGUAGCAUCUACAGCAGUUACUGGUCUGGUGUCCACAGCAGCACAGCCUCUAAAAGAUGCUUCAGCAUCGUAUGGUGGAGAAAGCAGUGGUAUGGCUUCCACAACAACAGGAGCUGGCGUUCUUAAGAUGGGACGGUUUCAGGUAUCUGUGGCAGUGGAUGAUGUGCUGAAAGAGAGUGACAAACCUGAGACUAAGCCGCUGCAAUUUGAAACCACCUCCUCUGAUUCCUCCCCUCUUUCUGGGAGCAGUCCAGAGAGCACCCUGGUAAAGCAGGCUGGAGGGCGGAAAAGCGAGGCUGUGGCACAUGGCAUUCCUCAGCCAGUUCCUGUGCUGCAGUUGCCAGUAGAUGAUGGUCAGCCUACUAAGGUUGGACGCUUCCAGGUAACAACAACAACAGAUCAAGUGGGGCGCUUCUCAGUGUCAAAGACUCAGGAUGAGGUCACCUGUGCAGAGAGAGAGCCAAUGACUCUCCCUCUCUCUGUGGACUUGGAACAAGUUGCUUCUUCAGCUGCAGCCCCUAGGAAAGAGUUGGAGUCGAGGCAGUCCCCACAUAUGAACGGUCCGUCCUCUGAACCAGAGGCUGCUUUCUUGAGUGGAAUGGCUAAGGAUCUGGAUGAUGGCUCAGCGAGUCCAGACUCCCUCCAGGCCACAGCGUCAAAGAUCAGCCUCCCUGUUCAGAGUCUUAGCAACUCGUUCAAUUCUUCCUACAUGAGCAGUGACAACGAGUCGGAUAUUGAAGAUGAAGACUUGAAAUUGGAACUCCGUCGAUUACGGGAGAAGCACCUUAAAGAGAUCCAGGAGCUGCAGAGUCGCCAGAAGCAGGAGAUUGAAUCACUCUACACAAAACUAGGAAAGGUCCCACCUGCAGUCAUUAUUCCCCCUGCUGCACCCCUUUCAGGAAGGAGGAGACGACCCACGAAAGGAAAAAGCAGCAAAUCCAGUCGUAGCAGCUCCCAGGGAAAUAAGAGUCCACAGCUGUCAGGCAAUUUGUCAGCUCAGAGUGCACCAUCAGUCUUGCCCCCACAACAGACUCUUCAUCCUCCUGGUAGUGUGCCAGAGGCUGGACAGAACCAUUUGUUACAGCCCCUCAAACCUUCACCUUCCAGCGAAAACCUCUACUCUGCCUUUACCAGUGAUGGUGCCCUUUCAGUACCAAGCCUUUCUGCGCCAGGCCAAGGCUGUGCGAAGUUUAACUGUGCAUCUGAGAGAGUGACGUUCAAGCCUGGUGGCAGGAGGACCCGAUUUCUGAGUACGCCCUGCUUGGCUCUUUGGAAGAUGGUGAAAAAAGUCUGUCCUUGCAACCAGCUCUGUAGUAAUUAUCUUAUUUCUGUUAUCUCCAACUCCUGACUGUAAAGCUGUUCAUUGGCUUUUUCUGGUCACCGAAGCCUUGCCUCCCUGACUCUGUCUCUAGCACAGCAUCUGUCUGUCUCUGUUAUGCCCUCUAAUGUGUACUCUGUUGUUAGCAUAGCUGUACAGCGUGGCUAUUACCUUUGCAGAAGAGUGGAGGCAGAGCCUCACCUUCCCUGAGCAACUCCUUGCUCCCUGCUAAUAACAGUGAAUUGAGCAUCAAGGACAGCUGCUCACUGUGAUGUGCUAACGCUGUACCUUUGAGCAGCUGGUUUCUGUACGUAUCUGAUGGGUUCUGCCAUCUCAGUGACAGCUCCAAUGGCAGAGAGUCCUUCAGCGUUGCAAGAGUAAGCCAUCUGACCUCUAUCCGUGUCCUGAAGUAAGAGAUGUCUAGAAAAGCCAGCAUAUGGUCACGUCACUGAAGACGGCUUAAAGGUGCCUUUUGACAGUGCCUUUCUCACUCAUGGUGAGAUUUAAAAAUGAUAAUAAUAAAAAAGAAGGCUGGGUGUAAAAUGAAGGCAUUGUAGGUGGCAGGCUGAAGAAGCAGAAGCCUGUUUCACUUCAGGUCCCUCAUGUCAGAGUAGGAUUGGGGAUGGCUGCUGUGACCAAGCAGGAAUGCGGGGGUUUGUUUCCAUUAAAUGCCACGAAUUGAAACGCUUCCUUCUCACACUCUUCGGGAUGGCAGCUUCAGUAGGCAGCAACUACACCAGGGUUAAAAGGUGAAGUUCCUAAGAAGUCAGUUUUUACACUGAUACUGUGGGAGCUCCCAGUAAUUUUACAGCUCACCUCUUAUAGCGUAGGUUGGUCUGCCUCAAGUUGUCUGUGACUUGAGAUUGGAGCUCCUUACUAAAAUCACUUUUCAGAUAAAGCCCUUUGCCCCCCACCUUUCCUAUCUGCCUUAAAGCCUGGGCUAAACACUCAGCCAGUCCUCUUCAGAACACUUCAGCUUUUCUAAAUGAUUUUUCACAUCUUUGGAUGAUUGUUCUGUAGUAUUUUGUAAUUAACUCCCUCCAUUGCACGGCCUGAAGAGGCUCUUCAAGCAUAGAGCCACGGUCCCAGGUUGCCAGCUGUGCACUUAUUGAUUAACAUAGAAAUAUGAGACACGAGAACCAGAUAUUGGCCAUCAUGAAGAGUAUGAGAGUAAGUGUGUCAAUCCCUGCAUGAGCCCUCAUGGUGGAAUGUGGUCGUUACUGGUUCCACACCUCAUCUUGAGUACCUCUUUGUUAUUUUUGCCUGUUUUGUGUUUAAUUUCACCUUCUUUUUCUUGGUCACUGUUAUUAUUAAAUAAGAUGUGGUGCAUGCUUAAAGUUUUCAUUAUUUUAUUGUAGAUUUUUCCUUUCCACCUUAUGGUAUGUUUCUGUUAGCAUUCAUCUGAGCUGCAGCUGCACUCCCUGGUCAGGGAACCCUAUUCUCUCCUUCCCUGUGCACUGUUGCAUGCCUCUGCCUGCCUGUAACAGCUGCUGUCCCUCUGGUGAGCACCCUCACUGGGAGCCAUCUCCAUGCUUGAGCUGGAUCUGGUGGGAGGGAGUUGUGUCCUUCCCUCCUCAGCACUACUAGAGGCGGUAACACUUUGCUUAUUUGUCCUGCGUAGUAAGUAUGUCACCUUCCUAAUUCACUCCUUAAUAUAAAGCAUUCCUGCAGGGGUUUGGAGCCAGUUCAUUCUUUGAUGCCAUGGUUGCAGGGAGUGGGGCAGCUAGCCAGGGAGGGCAGCACGGAAGAAUUAGAAUUGCAGAAUCAUUAAGGUUGGAGAAGACAUCUGAAAUCAUUGAGUCCAACCAGCUACCCAUGCCU